CCCAAAAAUAAUGGCGGUUGCGUUGUGAUUGAUUGGAGGAGAGAGAGAGAGAGAGUGUGUGAGGGAGAGAGGAGGGGUAAAGCUAUAGUAGCAUAGCAUGGCCACACCAAAGUUAUUAGAAGCAGUAGUAGUAGCAACAUGUCUACAUGAGCAAGACCACAACGCAUAACCAUAAAAACUAUGCACAAGCACAACACACAACCACUGCUACUACUUACCAUUUUUCCAUAACCGGAAAUCACCCAAACGCUCACUCUCCAUUUCUACUCCAUUUCCUGAGAUCCACCCCUUCUCUGAGAUCUGUUUCCUUUUCCACUUUCUUCCGCUUCUGGGUCUCCUCGCUCUUUCAGAUUCUUGCUAAAUUUGGCACAAACAAUUGCCCACGUGUGUAAUGAGGACUUCAGUUGAGGGCUGCAACCUGGGGUGUUGGGGGUUCAGGAAGAGUGCAACCGAAUGAGGCGUAAAGCAAUUGUCUUUUGUUGCGACACUGGUUUUGGUUGAGCCUUCAAGGGUGGGAAUCUUGUGGGUGUCUUUGGAUUUUUGUAAUGGGUUUUGGUUGGUGAAGUACUGGGACAAAGGUAGCGAAGAAUGUUAUUAUGUUGUGUUGAGGAAGAGAGGACAAGGCUCGAUUUUUCUGUGGAGGGUGUCGUUGUUUUUUUUUGUUGAGAAUUUUGUUGCCUAAUUGUUCCGCUUGAGAGUGUUGUGAUUGUUGGCUCAAUUUUGAGGUUGCUUGUUUGUUUUAGUCUUUGUUUUUGCUCAAAUGAGACUUUCUUCAGCUGGUUUUAGUCCUCCACCCCAGGAAGGGGAAAAGCGAGUUCUAGAUUCAGAACUUUGGCAUGCAUGUGCUGGUCCCCUUGUGUCUUUACCAGCAGUUGGAAGCCGCGUGGUAUACUUUCCACAAGGUCACAGUGAGCAAGUGGCUGUGUCGACCAACAAGGAAGUAGAUGCUCAUAUCCCAAACUAUCCAAGCUUGCCUCCUCAACUCAUUUGUCAACUUCAUAAUAUGACUAUGCAUGCUGAUGUGGAGACUGAUGAGGUGUAUGCACAGAUGACCUUGCAACCUCUGAAUCCUCAAGAGCAAAAGGAAGCAUACCUGCCGGCAGAGUUGGGCACUCCAAGUAAACAGCCAACAAACUAUUUCUGCAAAACUUUGACUGCCAGUGACACAAGCACUCAUGGAGGAUUCUCCGUACCUCGCCGGGCAGCUGAAAAAGUGUUUCCUCCUUUGGAUUUCUCUCAACAGCCACCUGCUCAAGAAUUAAUUGCAAGGGAUUUACAUGGCAAUGAAUGGAAAUUCAGACAUAUCUUCCGGGGCCAGCCCAAAAGGCAUCUACUCACAACUGGAUGGAGUGUCUUUGUGAGUGCUAAAAGACUUGUUGCCGGUGAUUCUGUGCUGUUUAUCUGGAAUGAAAAGAACCAACUGCUUCUGGGCAUCCGCCGUGCUAAUCGACCACAAACCGUGAUGCCUUCUUCUGUGUUGUCAAGUGAUAGUAUGCACUUGGGGCUUCUUGCUGCAGCAGCUCAUGCAGCUGCAACAAAUAGUCGUUUCACCAUUUUCUACAACCCACGUGCUAGCCCAUCAGAAUUUGUCAUACCCUUAGCCAAGUAUGUUAAAGCUGUGUAUCAUACUCGAGUUUCAGUUGGUAUGCGUUUCAGGAUGCUGUUUGAAACAGAGGAGUCAAGUGUGCGGCGAUACAUGGGUACAAUAACUGGCAUUAGUGACCUGGAUCCUGUCCGGUGGCCCAACUCACAUUGGCGCUCAGUCAAGGUUGGCUGGGAUGAAUCCACUGCUGGAGAGAGGCAACCUAGAGUGUCUCUAUGGGAAAUUGAGCCAUUAACUACAUUUCCUAUGUAUCCAUCCCCAUUUCCUCUGAGGCUUAAGCGACCAUGGCCUCCAGGACUGCCCUCAUUCCAUGGCAUGAAGGAUGACGAUUUUGGCAUGAAUUCACCUUUGUUGUGGCUCCGAGACACUGAUAGAGGGCUUCAGUCUCUUAAUUUUCAGGGGAUUGGGGUUAAUCCUUGGAUGCAGCCAAGAUUUGAUCCCUCCAUGUUGAAUAUGCAAACAGAUUUGUAUCAAGCUGCAGCUGCUGCUGCUGUUCAGGACAUGAGGAGUUUAGAUCCUUCCAAACAGCAUUCUGCUUCCUUGCUUCAAUUUCAGCAACCACCGAACUUCCCAAACAGAAAUUCUGCUUUAAUGCAGGCCCAGUUGUUGCAGCAGCCACAACCUCAGCAAAUGUUUGGAAAUAAUCAAGAGAAUCAGCAUUCACCACAAUCUCAGCCACAAACUCAGGCUCAUCUUCAGCAACAUCUACAACAUCAACAUUCAUUCAAUAGUCAGCAUCAUCAUCACCAGCAGCAGCAACAACUACAACAGACACAGCAGCAACAGCAACAGCAAGUGGUAGAUAAUCAGCAGAUUUCCAGUGCAGUCUCUACAAUGUCUCAGUUUGUUUCUGCACCUCAACCUCAAUCACCGCCUGUGCAAGCUAUCUCUUCCCUGUGCCAACAACAAAAUUUUUCUGAUACAAAUGGAAACCCAGUGACUACUGUUGUUUCUCCCCUGCAUAGUAUCUUGGGUUCAUUUCCCCAGGAUGAGACAUCUCAUCUACUGAACAUUUCCAGAACAAGCUCUUGGAUUCCUGUUCAAAAUUCAAGUGCAUGGCCAUCCAAGCGUGUUGCAGUGGAUCCUCUCCUUUCUUCUGGAGCCCCUCAAUGUGUUCUACCUCAGGUGGACCAGCUAGGACAGCCACAGAGUACCAUGUCUCAAAAUGCUAUUUCGUUACCACCUUUUCCUGGUAGGGAGUGCUCAAUAGACCAAGAAGGGAGCAAUGAUCCACAAAACCGUCUGUUAUUUGGCGUUAAUAUAGAGCCCUCGUCCCUUCUCAUGCCUAAUGGGAUGUCAAGCCUUAAGGGGGUCAGUGGCAACAACGACUCCUCAACCUUGCCGUAUCAAUCUUCAAAUUAUCUGAAUACCACUACAGGCACUGAUUCUUCAUUGAAUCAUGGAAUGACACACAACAUAGGCGAAUCGGGUUUCCUGCAGAGUCCAGAAAAUACUGGACAAGGAAACCCACUGAACAAGACCUUUGUGAAGGUUUAUAAGUCAGGGUCCUUUGGAAGGUCAUUGGAUAUCACUAAAUUCAGCAGCUACCAUGAGCUGCGCAGAGAACUUGCUCGAAUGUUUGGCCUUGAAGGCGAGUUAGAGGACCCUGUGAGAUCAGGCUGGCAGCUUGUAUUUGUAGACCGAGAGAAUGAUGUUCUUCUCCUUGGUGAUGGCCCUUGGCCGGAAUUCGUAAAUAGUGUAUGGUGCAUAAAGAUACUUUCUCCUCAGGAAGUGCAGCAAAUGGGCAACAGUGGCCUUGAACUGUUGAACUCGGUUCCAAUUCAAAAGGCUCUCUAAUGGCAUCUGUGAUGACUAUGUGAGCCGUCAAGACCCAAGAAAUUUAAGCACUGGAAUAACAACUGUGGGGUCUUUAGACUACUGAAGGAUAUGAUUGUUAAUAGUGUGCACUUCUUCUAUCACAUGUAAUAUUACCCUUGCUUCUCAACAACCCUUUGUGUACGGUGAGAAGCAAUGCCUAAAACAAUGUAGUUUAUAGCCUACUCUCUAGCCUUUGGAUUUUGUUUUCCUGCUAGGACCAUUCAUAAACCAAUACUGUAACUAUAUGGCAUCUAGUCAUUGUGCUAGCUACAAUAUAUACGAUACUUAAUCCGUUAGGAAAUCAAUGCGUGAGAUAGUUCGCUUAACUUGUA